AUGUAUCAUAAGCCGGCCCAAGUGGUUAAGCGGCAGAUAAAAGUGACCCACAAGAAGGAGGCAGAGGAUUGUGCAAAGAAAGGUGUAAAGAAUGGCUCAAACGGAACCUGUGGAAUAAGAAUAAAAAACACACCUGCGUUGUCCACGCUUGGAAGGGAAAUCCCAUGUGAGAGCUGCCACAGAGACAACUGUGUGUCAUUUUCGAAGGUGCAUUUUGCCACACUAAAUAAAGGGGGAGACACGCGGAGGGAUGAUGCAUAUGGCUUUGAGAAGGAGGCCGGUACAAGGGUGUCCACUUUGUGCAGAGAAAAAUCGGAUGAUCAAAAUGUGUGUAACGGGAAAACAAAUGAAGCGCAAAGCGGCCAUGUAAAAGGGGGCGCUUCAGAUAUUGUCCUCCUGAAUGAAGGUGGUACCCCCCUCGCAGGUGAUGACCCACAAGUGACACCCACCGAUGUGAUAAAAAAUGAAGUUGCAACGGAAGAGGGAAGGGAAAAAGCCACAAAAGAAUACAUGGUCCUAAUGUUCACAUGCAAAAUAUGCGAAAAGAGAAGUGUGAAGAAGUUUUCAAAGCAGGCAUACAAUAACGGGGUGGUUAUUAUUCGUUGCCCGUCGUGUGAGAACCUGCACUUGAUUUCGGAUCAGCUGGGAUGGUUCCAGGAGGGGAAGACCAACAUCGAGGAUAUUCUAAAACAGAAGGGGGAGAACGUCAUUAGGAAGUUUUCCUACAACAACCUUCUCGAGAUCGACGAUCUGCUGAAUGCGUACAAGUGA